AUCAGAACAACAGAAGCAUGUCGAGAAGGGCAAAUGAGGGUUCUCUUUUCAUAGGCAGACUUAGCAAAUCUACGAGGGUUCGAGACCUUGAGGACAUUUUCGAACCAUAUGGUCGAAUGACACGAUGUGAAAUUAAAUAUGGGGCUGAGAUGGCAUAUGCAUUCAUUGACUAUGAAGACCACAGAGAUGCUGAGGAUGCAGUUCGGUAUGAGAAUGGAAGAGAGAUCUGUGGUUCCAGUAUUAUAGUGGAAAGAGCCAAAGGAGCUCCGAGGAGAUCAUUGGCCCCAAGAAGUUCUGCAUAUGAUGAUGGCUACAGAUCGGGACGAAGUUCAAGGGACUACAUGGACAGGUAUGAUAGAAGGAGUGGACCAAGAGGAGGACGGUACAGAUCGCCAUCACCACGACGUAGAAGGUCGAGAUCUCGUUCUCGAGACAGAAGAAGACGCAGUCGGAGUAGAUCUCACAGCAGACAGAGACGACGAAGAUCAAGUUCUGUCAGCCCACGACGAUCCAGUAAAAGGUCAAGAUCUAGGUCACCAAGCAAGUCAAGAAGUAGGUCACCACAGAGUAAAUCAGGGAGUGGAUCUCCACCAAGAAAUGGGCAGCAGAAUGACAAAUCUCCAUCCAGGAGUCCCGCAGAUGACUGAAUCAAAGUUCUUUUUCUUACCAUUGUUCAUGCAUAAAACUUUGCAUUGUUAAUGCAUAAAAUGAAAUUCAUUGUAUCUUCCUAUCAAGUAUUUUAACAUGAAUGAUUUGUCUUAUUUAGAACUAUUGUCUACUUUCUAGCUACGGUCUUAUGACAUGCAUAGAAAAAUUGAUUUUAACAAAUUUGUAAAUACAAGACAUUACAGUGCAAUCCUGUAUGUUUUAAUUAUGUUUUAAAUAUGCUUUCUCUGUGUAUGUACAACAUAUAUGUACUUACAUAUAUUAUUGCUCUUACUUUAAUUUUUUGGUGCAGAUAAGAAAAUUGCAACAGAAUAUACAUUAAAUUGUUAUGAGUAGGACUUGAUACAAGUGGAUUUUAUUUUAGUUGUUUGAUAGACAAAUAUCAAAUGGAGUAUUGUUUGAUUACUUUGAUUCAAGAUAUUAAUGUUUAGUAUUAUCAUCAUUGUCCUAGUACACUUUUGUAAAUAGGUUGUAAAUUAUUACCCACCAAAACUAAUCUAAGACAAAAUUAAAUAGAAUAUUUAAA